UUGUUUACGUCCGGGUCGUACGGUCGUCGGCUUGUGGUGAUGGUCAUGUUUUUGGGGAUUGUGAUACAUUUCUGAGUGCGACCAAAGCUAUAAACAUUGGAAAAAGUAUUUUCUUCAGCUGCGGUGUUUCAUCCGUGUUUGUACCACCACGAUGACUGAGGAUGUCCAGAAGCACUCAGUCCACACUCUGGUCUUCAGGUCUCUCAAAAGGACGCAUGAUAUGUUUGUGUCCGAUCAUGCGAAAUCCGUCGCCAUGGAUGAUGAAAGCUUCAAGAUAAAGAUGGGUGUGAAACUGAAAGCGGACUAUGGUGCGGUUUUACACAUGCCUGUCCUGAAGGAAGGAAAAGACAGAGUCUCACAGCUUCCUGGCAGUUUGCAGGGCCACCAGAUCUACACACAACCAGGGGAUGACCCAGAAUACCUGAUCACUGGGACACAUGCUUAUCCCUCUGGACCUGGAGUAGCUUUGACUGCUGACACAAAGAUGCACAGGAACCCAAGUGAGGGAGGAAUCCACUCUAUGGCGCUGGCUUUGCCACCCUCACAAGCCAGGCAGGACGCAAGCCGCACUGCAUCCAGCAUCAGUGACAUCCAUCGACACGCAGGAGGAGCAGAGAGAUCUCACCCUCCGUCAACGGCUAUGUCGCUCAUGGAGGGAGGCGGCACCAGAAAUUCUUCGCUCAUGAGGAAAGCACCAACCAUGCCCAAACCCCAGUGGCAUCCACCAUGGAAACUGUUUCGGGUCAUCAGUGGUCACCUUGGCUGGGUGAGGUCCAUCGCUGUGGAGCCUGGGAAUCAGUGGUUUGUCACAGGGUCUGCUGAUAGAACCAUAAAGAUCUGGGACCUGGCCAGUGGGAAACUGAAACUCUCCCUGACUGGACACAUCAGUACAGUGCGCGGUGUGGCCGUCAGCAGUCGCAGCCCCUAUCUGUUCUCCUGUGGAGAAGACAAGCAAGUCAAGUGUUGGGAUCUGGAGUACAACAAGGUCAUCAGGCACUACCACGGACACCUUAGUGCUGUGUAUGAUUUAGACCUACAUCCAACUAUUGACGUGCUGGUGACGUGCAGCAGAGAUGCCACAGCGAGGGUGUGGGACAUCAGGACAAAAGCUAACGUGCACACACUAACCGGCCACACCAACACUGUGGCCACAGUGAGAUGUCAGGCUGCGGAACCACAAAUUAUCACUGGCAGCCACGAUUCAACCAUCAGGCUGUGGGAUUUGAUUGCUGGAAAAACCAGAGCAACUCUGACAAACCACAAGAAGUCUGUCCGAACUAUUGUGCUGCAUCCCAGACAAUACACUUUUGCCUCCGGUUCUGCUGAUAACAUCAAACAGUGGAUGUUCCCAGAUGGCAACUUCAUCCAGAACCUGUCGGGCCACAACGCCAUCAUCAACACUCUUGCUGUUAACUCUGACGGCGUGUUGGUGUCUGGAGCCGACAAUGGAACCAUCCACAUGUGGGAUUGGAGGACAGGCUACAACUUCCAGAGGAUUCAUGCAGCUGUGCAGCCUGGAUCUCUGGACAGCGAGUCGGGCAUCUUUGCCUGCAUGUUCGACCACUCAGAGAGCAGACUGAUCACCGCCGAGGCCGACAAGACCAUUAAAGUAUACAAAGAGGACGACAUGGCUACGGAAGAAAGCCAUCCAAUCAACUGGAAACCAGAAAUCCUGAAGAGGAAAAGAUUCUAAUAAUUUUUUUAUUUGUUCAUUUUGUCACAGUAACAGUUUUAUUUCUACCCAUCAAGUUUUGCUUUCUACGGCCUUUUCAUCAGGCAAACUUCUUCGUAACUAAUGUGUCUUUGUCAGAGGCGACUACACGCUGAAGUUAAAAGUACAACGGGCCCAUUUUAUUCCAAAAACCAUUUGCAGUCUUCAUUGUACGACGUUAAUCCAAUAAGGUGGCCAUCUUGGACUGCCAGGAAGCACCCUGAGUGUUUGUUCUUGAUGAUGACGGCUCUCUGAUGGCUCUGGUCUGUCUGAUCCACCAACAGCAGCCACUCUUCAGACACCGACGGACUGGCCUCGGAGUGGACCUCGUCCCUGCUGGGGUCAAACCCUGUAUUGUUUGAAAAAAAAAAAAAAAA